AGCUUCGAUCCUCGCAAGCUCUACGAACAGAUUCUGUCUAAUGUUAGUUCAUCUACAGCAACUAGCAGAUAUCAUUUGUCUGAUCAACAUAUCCAUAUAUUAAAUAUCCUGUUUUGAGAUCCAACACUCACUAUAAUCGCUGUGAUGUCUCGCAAGCUUGACACGCCAGAACGAACUCCAUUAUCUAGAAACGUCUACAUCUACGACAACGAUGGUCAUAUUCUCGGCGGUGUAUAUCAAAACGGCUCACUUACGAAUUUAAACCUGCAUGAGAUGUGUGACAUCAUUAUAAUUGCAUCUGAGCCGUUUUCUCUAUUUCGCCUGAACAAAGACGGAUCUACGGGCGCGAAGGUGGCUAAGAAUAGAGAAAAUCUAUUAGCUGGAUCAUACAUUGUUCUCACAAACGGUUAGUAUUAACGAUGAGAGUGUAUAAAUAUCCAAUGAACCUAUGUAGAUGGGGAACCGAACUCAGUCCGGAUCACGAAUGAAAGCACCCUAAGGCGUAUAAUAACAAAGAUUCCAUCAUCAAAGUUAACUCCAACGCAAAAGCGUUUCCGAGACCGAGUCAGGGAGCGAGACGACCGGCACUGUGUGAUGAGCGGCCUUCGAACCUUCCCCGAUGAAGAUUACUCACUUUUCCAUGCUACACACAUAUUCCCAUACUCACGUGAGCAAGCCUGGGUGGACGAAGGCCUCUCGAGAUGGAUCACAGAUCAAGCUUCCCCUCAGAGCCAAGGAGUGUCAAAGAUACACUCAGUUCAGAACGGAUUGCUGCUUGACUUGAAUUGCCAAGCUGCGUUUGAUGCACACGCAGUUACAGUAGAUGCCAAUGAUGGGUACAAGAUCAUCUAUUUACACAAAGAUGUAUUGAAUCUAGAUGGUCGCACAUUAGAUCUAUCGUGCAGGGAUCCGCAGAGCCCAGACCGAGUCCCCGACGAGCUCUUUCACUGGCAGUUUCGCCAAGCCAUUCUAGCUAUAGUGAGGGGCAAUGGACAAAGAAUAUGGAAUAUGCAGCUUGAGGAGGAGGAUCCCAUGGGAGAUAUAAUGGAUGGGCUGGAUGCUGCGGAGAGAAUGGAAGCAGAAUUGUUCACUCGUCUUGGGGCAGGCGAGAUUGAUUACAGCGCCGCUCCAGAAAUGCACUCGCCUUGAUUUGCUUUUAUAUAUUAUAAAAAUAGCUGAACUGAAUCCUCCAUUUUAAUAUUUAGC